AUGGGGGUCCGUACUCUCCUGAGUAACCUGACCAGUUCCGGUUCCAGUUCCGGGAUUUCCCUGCGGGAGCCCGGCGUUUCCCAGCCCCUCCCCCCCUCGUCGUUCCAGCGGUUUCUGCGCUCUCGGCCCAUCCCGGGGGUGGUGCUGAGUGACCACCAAACACAGUUCCACAACAGGUAUUUCCAGAGCCGCUUUGACACAGCUGAGACCAUCGGGCUGCGCUAUCCCGAGGGGCUGAGCCCGGAGCAGCGCCUGGAAUUCGUCAGCGACACCGCCAAGGCUCUGGCCCAGCUGGGCACGGUUGUGGCUCGGGCUCUGUUCUCAUUGGCCGGAGGGACCGAAGGCGCCGAGAGCAUCCGGGCUGAUCCCAAAACGGUGGCCCGGAUGCUCUACGGUUUCCUGAUCCAAACCAACAAUUCCUGGUUCCAAUCCAUCAUCAAAAGCGACCUCAAGGGGAUCCUGGGUGGAGCUCCCCAGCACUACGUGGCCGUGUCCAGCCCGGUGAACUCGACGCUGCUGCUCCAGGCUGUCCUGGCCAACGUCACGGGGCUGAGGGUGAACCUGAGCCGGGAGCUGUGCCAGGAGCCCGAGAGAGCGCCCGGAGCACAGCCACAGCUCUAUGAAUACUCGUGGGUGCAGGGUCCCCUGGAUCCCAAUUCCACAUCCCGUGUCCCGUUCUGUGUCCGUUCCGGUGCCCGCAUUUUCAUGUCUAUAAUUCCCAUUUUUUGCUGUACAAUUCCCAUUUUCCCAUAGAUUUUUCCCGUUUUU